UUACUAGUCCAUUACGGUAUUUAUGCAACUUCCAGGGCGGACGUAUACGUAACCGUACUGCACUGCAAGCACACAUGCCGGUUAAGGGUUGAACAAACCUUUAAACAGUUGUUUAUGUUAGCGACAGCGUAGAAACAUGGCCGCGUGUGCCUUUGCUUUAAAGCUUUUACCGUUGGUGGCGACAGGAAGGUUUUGCAGCAGCAGAGCGUCUUCUCCCGCACGCUCAGCUGUCCGUGCGUUCUCGCGCACCGCAACUCGUUCCCAACUACACAGAGUGGAGGGGACCGGGGCUUUGACAGGCAAAGUGGACCGAUUCGGUGGAGUGACAGUGAACCUGGCUGACAUCGGUUUACCGGCGGACAUCAGCGAAAGCUCAUUCAGCAGAUUGAUUCAAGAUUCCUUGGCCCAGUGGAAAACAGAGGGGAAAGUUGCAGUGUGGCUUCGAGUACCUAUCUCACUGAGUCGAUGUGCCGCUGCUGCCUCUACUCACGGCUUCACCUUCCAUCACGCCAAACACGACCACACUGUGUUGGCCCUCUGGUUGGGGGAAGGGGAAAGCAGACUGCCGGGGUCUGCAACUCACCAAAUUGGAGUAGCAGGUGCAGUUGUUGAUGAAUCCAAUGGAAAGGUUCUCGUGGUCCAAGACAGAAACAAGACAAAGAAUGCUUGGAAGUUUCCCGGUGGCUUGUCUGAUCCAGGAGAAAAUAUUGGUGCCACUGCCGUUCGUGAAGUCUUUGAGGAAACUGGCGUUCACGCCGAGUUCAGAUCUCUGCUCAGCAUCCGGCAGCAGCACAACCACCCCGGCGCCUUCGGCAUGUCGGACAUGUACAUCAUCUGCCGACUCGGGCCGCUCACCUACGACAUUAACUUCUGUACUCGGGAGUGUCUGCGCUGCGAGUGGCUGGACCUCGCCGAGCUGGCCAGGACCGACGACACCACGCCCAUCACGUCUCGCGUAGCCAGGCUUCUGCUUCACGGCCUGGAGCACGGCUUCAACAAGAUCGACCUCAGCAUGGAGGAGCUUCCCGCUGUCUACUCGGGGAGGUUUUACCAGCUGUAUCACAGGCAGCUUCCCCCAACGCUAAAAUCCUAGCAAGCCAUCAUCAACCAAGCAUAUCAUG